GUAGGCGGCACAUUAAAUUCAAAAUAUGUACAACAAAAAUCCGACAAAAUUUGUAUUUCCAUCGAAUCUGAAUAGCUUGCCGCCUAUCUGAGCAGCGACAGAGAAAACUUAUCGUAUAGAAAUAUAUAACAAAUUUUAAAAUGCCUGAAAAGCCAAGCACAUCCAAUCCAAAGCCGACACCGGCAGGUAAAGUGACCAAAAGCACCAAGGAUACUAAAGAUACCAAGGAUGCAAAACCCGGUCCAAAGCAACCGGUCAUACGCACACCGAUGCCCAAUACACAUGAUCGGAUAUGGAAGAUCAUGAAAAUGUAGUAUUAAAUACAUCCAAGUUGACGGCAAACUUUUAUUUGCAACUCUAACAAAACUAGACUCGUUUCUUUUUAUACGAUAAAGCUUGUUGCUUAAGAUACUAUUAAAUACGAAUUGCCGUUAAAACUUGUGUCCUUUACACUCUGCUGAAUAAAGCGCAAAAGUACCUGCAAAAAAAAGCACUCUUAUAUUACCCAAGAGGCGACUGGAAGGUGCGCAAGGCGCAUGCGUGCUAAGUUAAGAGAUUUGCCGUCUCUCUUAGGCAAUUUGCUCUUAAAAGCAUCUUCGAGCAUUACUAGAGCAUAUAGUUAAAUGAAAUAAUAGCUGAGAUAAAUUAUUAA